AUGAAAUAGGUAAUUGAUCAUGGUCCUUAAUAAAAGUGGAUUAAGUAAGCAUUUGCUAUAAUAAAUCGUGUUAAAUUUUAAAUGUUUGAUAUUAACUUAAUAUAAUUUAUUUUAAUAAUGUAAGAUUAGCGUGAUUAGUUAAUUCUUGAUAUUAAGAUUGCCAAUUAUAGGAAACAACAAUAAUAAAAGAUAGAAUAGGAAUAAUAAUUCAAAGAAUAAUUACCAAAAAUUAAACAAUAUAAGGCCUAAAUAUUUUAAGAUGAUAUGCAUCAUUUUGCUAAAUUAUUUUUUACUGGUUUUCCAAUAGCUUUGGGAUCAGUCAUAAUUUUCAGAUCAUUAAUUAUAUUUCCAUUUGCUAUUUGGACCACAAAUUAUAUGUAAAAUAACAUGCAUAAAUUGUAUGAAUAUUUAGAGAAUAAUUAAUGA